AUGAUCAAAGUGCUGAUCUGCCUGAUGAGCUUUGUUGCUAUUGUACUGUCUAGUAUCGUAAAUGACAAUGUCAUUAGUCCUGAAUUCAUACUAGGAACUCCACUGACCGAAACAACCAUCCCGCCGCCCAAGAACUGCACUGAUAAUAUUACAAUUUGCGACAAAUACUUAUCUCUAUGUGCCAACAAACUGUAUCAACCCGUGAUGAGCAUACAAUGUGCAAAAACAUGCAAAUUCUGCACUGCGUGUGAGGAUAAAAGCGAAAAACCGCCUCGUUCUACCGACAUAGUCUACUCAAGCUCCAUCAGGUAUUCUUCCAUCAUAAUCUACCCAAGCUCCGUCAGAUAAACGACUAUGCAAUCCAUUAUUUUGCUCCUCGCCUGCUUAGCACCUACAUUCGCUCAGAUGGGAAUGAUGGGACCGAUGGGAAUGGGUGGAAUGGGCAUGGGACGAAUGGGAAUGGGCGGAAUGGGCGGAAUGGGCG